AUGGCGCGCGAUUCCCGGCGCGCCGAUCCGCGACGCGUCGUCGCCGUCGACAGCUGUGGUGGUAGCGGCGGCGACGGCAGCGGCGGUGGCGGCGGCGACGGCGGAGGCGGAGGCGGGGGCGGAGGCGGAGGUGGUGCGACAGCGAGGUGCGGAUUGCUGAUCCUUCUGACGUUGCUGACGAUCAUCAUCCCUGUCACUUAUGCCGACAGUCAAGGUCCGUCCUCAGACUUUAGCAGACACUCUCUGGUGAGACCGCGAGUCUAUCACGGCAGGACAAAGAGGCAGAUCUCAUCGACCAAAGAGAACGACCUCGAACACGCGGACGUGCUGACGGUGGGUUUCAAUGUGGACGGCGUCGAGCGCGUUCUCGACCUUCGACUGAACACCGAUUUAAUUCCAGUCGGCUAUCAGGAACGCCACCAGCAUCGGGGCACGUACAAGGUGCAUACCCCGUCGAAAGUUGAACUCUGUCAUUACCAAGGUAGCGUUCGGGAUGUUCCUGACUCGUGGGUGGCGUUAUCCACUUGCAGAGGAUUGCGCGGUGUCAUCUUCGAUGGUGAGAAUCUUCAUCACAUCCAUCCGGAAGAUGAGAGCUUGGAUUCCGCGCAUUACAUUUACAAUCACAGCGAUCUCAUUGCCAAUAAUACGUGUGGUUACGAAGGCACGCCGCACGACGUUCUCCCUGAUCAUCGAGAGAUUAAAAGGAUCUCCAGGCACAAAAGAGCGACUGAAAUUAUCCGUGGGCCUUAUAACGCGAACAGGCAAUCGCGUUACGUGGAGCUAGUACUUGUAAUCGAUAAGAAAGAAUAUACCGCGCUAGACGAGAACUUGGACAAAGUGCAUCAGCACUGUAAGGACAUCGCCAACAUUAUUAACGCCCUGUACAUGCCGCUGAACAUAUUCAUCGCCCUGGUUGGCGUGCAGGUGUGGUCCGAGUCGGACGAGAUAGCACUCUCGCCGAACGGCGAUGUCACACUGUCAAAUUUCCUGCGCUACCGUAGGGAGAAGCUAGUUAAGGAUAUUCCCAACGAUAACGCCCAGUUGUUGACGCGAAUCACCUUCGACGGCGGAGUAGUCGGUAAGGCACUCAAGGGACCGAUAUGUACUUACGAGUUCUCUGGCGGAGUCUCCAUGGAUCAUUCGAACAUCGUUGGUUUAGUCGCGGCCACCGUCGCCCACGAAAUGGGCCACAAUUUUGGCAUGGAGCACGACGGACCAGAUUGCGGCUGUCCUGAAGAGAAAUGUAUAAUGGCAUCAUCCAGCGGCUCGUCCGGGCCGAAGCACUGGUCCACAUGUUCAUUGGAACAUUUAGCUCUAGCUUUCGAACACGGCAUGGAUUACUGCCUGAGGAACAAGCCGCAGAAACUCUUCGACAGUCCCAUAUGCGGUAAUGGAUUUGUCGAACCGGGUGAACAGUGCGACUGCGGUCUGAAAGAUAAUUGCGACAAUCCUUGCUGUAACGUGACCACUUGUAUGCUACACAGCAAUGCGAGCUGCGCGACCGGCGAGUGCUGUGAUUUGAAGACUUGCAGGCCAAAAACCGCAGGCACGGAAUGCCGAAGCGCCGAGCAUGAAUGCGAUUUGCCGGAGUACUGCACCGGUCAGAGUGAAUAUUGUCCGGCGGAUGUAUUUAAGAUGGAUGGUGAGACUUGUAGCGUAGGCAAAGCCUUCUGCUAUCAGGGCUCGUGCAGGACUCAUGACGAUCAAUGCAAAUUAUUGUGGGGUCCCACUGGUUGGUCCUCCGAUGCGCAGUGUUACGAGAUGAAUAAUAGGGGAACGAAAAACGGUAACUGUGGCUACAAUCGCAUCGAAUCGCAUUUCGUCAAGUGUAGCGAUGAAAAUCUUCUCUGUGGCAUGCUGCACUGUAAACACUUGAACGAACGAUUAGAAUUUGGUAUGGAAUCAGUCGCGACUUUAAGCCAUUCGUUCAUCAAUAAUGGUGGGAAGAUAAUACCGUGUCGUUCGGCCAUAGUCGAUCUUGGAUUGAGUCAGGUUGAUCCUGGUCUCGCACCGGACGGUGCCAAGUGUGCACCCGGAAAGAUGUGUGUAAAUCAGAAAUGCAUGUCAGUGGCGGAUCUAAGAGCAUCCGUAUCUGGGGGUAAAGGUUGCCCGAAUAAUUGCAAUGGUAAUGGAGUAUGUAACAGUCUUGGCCAUUGUCAUUGUAAUCGCGGCUUUCGACCACCUGAUUGUCUUCAACCUGGUGUUGGAGGUUCCGAAGAUAGCGGUCCAGCCGAUGAUCCGAAUGCGAGAAACGACUUCAUAAUUGCACUUUAUGUCAUCUUUCUCGGAGUGGUGCCUACCGUAUCUCUCCUGCUAUUCGGCAUUUGGUAUAUCAGGAACUCCGGACAGCAUUGGAAGAAGGAUGUGAUGUCUACGACCGAUCGCGGCCACAAUGGAUUGCUAAUCAAAACGAUCGAUCGUUCCACCCCCAUGUCCCGUAACAUCGAAACGAUCGAUUCUAGCUUGAGUCAAGAUCCAGCAUGCGUGAGUUUGCUGCCUAAAACAGAAGCCGAUGAGCGCUACAACAACAACAUGUUUGGCCAGUUUAAAGGUUUCACGAUCACGCCGAUCCACUCAAAUCAGUCGAAACUGGCCGAGCCUACAAAACCGGCUCCACCUCCACCUGGAUGGAUGCCUACCGUAGCGAUAAAAACAAACGUAGCUAAACCGAAUGUGCAGAAAUGCAAUGCGCCGCAAAGGAGUAAUUCAAUGAGUUCUAACGAUACAAGUUCGGCCGCACCGACAUUGCCACCACUGAAUCCUGGGUCCACGGCACGACCCUUGAUCAGUAGUCCUGUAUUGGCGGCCACAACUUGCACAUCUGUCGAAUUGGUGGCCAAGGUACCUACUAGACCCGCCCCGGAUGUACCCAUGCGUCCAGCUCCGGCUCCACCGACCACCCCCGCACCUUCUGUGAAACCGCAGAGACCUAAUAGUACACCCCUGACAAAUGUGAUCCUGCCCGAACCUGAAAAGAAGACGGAAAAGGGCAGCACGCUUAACCGAAUCGCGUCAAUGUUGCGCCCUGCCUCCGGCAUCAUGAGAAGCAACUCCCAAAGCUCGCAAAGAGAUGACAAGAACACGAACUCUUUGCCGAGAAGCCAGCAUCACAAGGCCAACAAGGUCAUUGAUAAGGAGAUUUUAAGAAAUCUUGAGAUCUCCAAUCCGAUACCACAAUCGGAGAUUGAAAUAGCGAUGCCAGUCAUCCCAGUGAUACCAGUGGUCGAAACCGAGAAAAGAAAUGUAGUUUUGCGCGCUCAGUCGAUGAGAGACAGUAAAGUCACUCCAAGACCACUCGUUCAUACGUUUGGUUCGAUGCGUCAGACGACGCCCGUCAAAAGACCUACCAGUAUCCCCGCCAGUACAAGACCCACGUCGCCACCUCCGGGUCCGCCAAACGUGACACCAGCGGAAAAAGCCACCGAAAAUGCGAUAAAGAUUCCAGGAUUGCCAGGUUAUCAGAAUCCGCCGGUGAAAGUCAUUCAGAAACCGGUGGAGAAUACCUACGACGAUUGCAUGAAUCUAAUUUCAGAAUCAUCCUUAACGAAAAUCACUGAGGAAUCACCCACGAAUGACAAUAUUUACGCGGUGAUAGAGGAACCCGUGCCGGAAAAGAACAGGAAGAACGCGGAAUUGGAGGUAACACCAGCUGAUAAUGAAUAUAAACUGCCAAAACGCAUCGACCCGACGUCCGGUGGUCCGAACAGUUUAGAGUCGAUGGGCCUGCUAUCGGAGAUCGUGUCGGAAAUAUCGAAUCGUAAUUUCGAUUCCAUAUAUUCCACCUCGACGCUAACCAGGAAGAAGAAAGACGAUGACGAAGGAGAUACGACAAAAAAUUCAGAAAAUAUGGGCUCGAAUAAUUCCUUGGGUGACUAUAUGAAUUCGAGCCACUACAAGAUACCCGGUAGUAUAUAUUCAAACUCAACUUCCGGCAAAUUUAAUUCUUCGAGCUCCACUACCAGCUCUGGCUACCUCCAUCCAUCCGUGAUAAAUGUCCCGCAAGUGGACAGGAAAGAGCCCAGCAAAAAUAUUUCGGAUGCGAACGAUAACUUAAAACCCGUUGAUAAAAGUAAGAUAAACACUCUUAAGUCUAAUAAUCCUAAUAUAAACGACGAGCUAUCCAAGGAGCUCGGUAUGAAGCCGCCUGAGAAUCCUGUUGGAUGUAAACCGUUCGCUUCGAUGAAGACUCGAUCAUCUCAGCUGAUACAUAUCAAGAAGGAUGACCAAGUUGAAAGCAAGGUUCCGAUUAAGCCGCCGUUGAAUAGGACUAAGACGCCCCCGAACAUCGCGAAAAGUCCAACCUCCAAGGAAAUGCCUGAAUCCAGCGUAAAACUCACGAGACAAAGUUCAGAUAAUACAUUAAAAUCCUUGAAAUCCUCAAAAGUUUCCGACACGAGUUCGAUGACGACGAAACAGAACUCGGACGUAAGUCCAGCCACGAGACAGACGCAACUGAACGCGAGUAAGUCGAAUAGCGAUUUAGAUAAAGAAGAAUCGCAUACUACAGUAUCUGUCAAAAAUGUGCCUUGUAGUCCUAAGGAUAAUCCGGGGAAGUUCAACAGUCCGGAUCUGGUUUCGAGCUGCUCGAAUUCGAAUCAAGGUGGAACGAAGUCGCCGGAUGUUGUGGGCGGCAAUCCUAAAUUCAGUCUGCCGCUGAAGACCGUUCAGAAGACAUCGACGCUACCAAGGAACGGCCAGAAGACGCCCACGACGCCGUUGAAGCCGUUCAACAUUUCGUCCAAGGCAGCUAGUCUCUCCGAAAGGAAGAAGUCACCAACUGGCAACGGGGGUGCGACCAAAUUGUUAUCGCCGUCUGCCAAGGAGUCGAGCAACGGCGGUGCCAAGCAGGUGCCAUCGUCGAAAGUGUCCAAAACGGAAACCAAGAGCGGGGACGGAGGUGCAGGAGCGAGAACAAAUCCACUGCAAAAAGCGGCGAGCGGUAAAUCGAACGUGGCGUCGCUGCAGCAAAAAUUCGAGGCCAACAAGAACAAUACCGGUGUCGCGAGGACUAUCUCGAGUGCGAAUAGUAAAAACCAGUGGGACGAACGGCAGAAGUCGGUGGCGUGAGGAAAUGAGCGAUUAAUCGGAAGAGCGUGGCAAUCCGAUUGCCUCUCCGAUGCUCGUGCUUGAUUGAGAUCAAGAUUUGAAAGAGCGUUUGAGACGCAGUGUUGAGAGAAAUCUAUCUACUUGAAACAUUCUAGUCCGUCACAUUGAAUCGUUCUCGGUGAAGAAUUCACGGUGCAUUACAAAUGAGUAUACACGUUCAUGCUAAGAAUGUCGAGUACGUCGUAAGCGUGCACGAGUAUAAAUAUAGAAUAUAACGCACGGGAGCGACAUAUCUCUGUAACUUCUUAUUUAAGAAACUUUAAACGGAAGUUUGAAAAGAAAUAGUACAAGGAUCAAGUCUUUUCUUCUAAGAUCCAUAAAAGGCUAAUUUUACAAACAAAUAUAUUUCUUGUCGGGAUAUAAAGUAGAUCGCGCGCGCGGCCGCGCGUUA